GCCGCGCCGCAUUUCCUCGCCUCCUGCUUCCCGAUCACUUGUCAGCCAGCCACCGACUUUGGGGCCCUGUCCUGCCUCCGACAUCUGCGAAUGUCGCUUUUUUGUUGCGAUCACGCUUGACUACGAUGGAUUCGAGUGCAUGUCUCGCUCUCACACGGGCCCUGCCACCGCCUAGGAUGUUUUUGUUCAUCCAAUCCUGUUUCCGCGGCGCUUUUGGGUCCUCUGUGGUGAUAUCUGCUCGACACUUCUCUCGUCCGUCUCCUUCCCUGAUGGUAUCCUCGCCCAUGGCGUUUUCACUGCCACACGAACGAGCUGCAUUUCUGGCGCCAGUCGACGCUCAGCCGGGGAAAGACCCGAUGUGACAAUUCGGGUAUGCAUGGGUGGAACCGCUUGCGCGCCAGCGGAACCGGCGGCAGGAGCUCGAAGAGUGUCUUGCGCGGCAUUUCAGCGAUGAGACGAGGGCUGGUUCAGCUGGCCUCCUGAGAGUCCAGAAUGUUACCGGCUGGAUAGGCGGUCUCGGCAGCAACGAGAUCAGCGUCCAGUGCACCUGCAGUUAGGGCGGUCACAUCGAUUGGCCGUUUAAUCGAUUCGGGCAGUAUCAGGAGUAGCGGGAGGAGCAGCAGAAGGAGGAGCAUCGGCGGCGGCAGUGGCAGCGCGAGGAACAGCUUGACUUACCAGAUGUCGAAGAGAUGCCGCAGCAACGAACUAUCAGCAGCAGCCCCCGCAGUCGCAGUCGCAGGAACGAAUCAGUGGAACUGUUACCGCUACCGCUGGUGGUUGGCGGCGGGGCGUCUUGACUCGCAUGACGCCCGGGACGUCAUGAUGCGUGGGCUGGCGGCGGAGGAUCCGAGGCUGCGUGAGCAUUGAUGUACACAUCAAAGGUCGGGUCGCAGCGACAUCCGAUAGGUGGUCCUUCUUCAUUUUCGAUGUACGGUGUGCCACUCCUCAGGGAAAUGCGGUUCCCAGCGAAAUGAAACUGGUUGUUCACAAACGCUUUCGUGUGGAUGGUUUGAAGAAACGCGG